AUGGCGCCCUCCGCGAAGCUGAGCCCCGGCGAGGAGAAGGACUUCCAGCGCGACACGACGAAGAUCAGCGACCUCGUGCUCCUCGACGAGAUCUCGAGCAAGGGCAUCACGUCCGAGCUCAGCGCGCGCUACCGCCGCGGCGAGAUGUACACGUGCAUCGGCCCCGUGCUCAUCGCCGUGAAUCCCUACAAGCUCCUCGAGAAGCAGGGGUCCAUCUACCGCGACGGCGUCGCGCGGUUCUACUACGACAAGACGCCGCUCGAGGUCACGCCGCACGUCUACAGCGUCGCGGCGGAGGCGCUCAAGGGCAUGCGGUCCAAGCGCCAGAACCAGUGCGUGUUGGUGUCCGGCGAGUCGGGCGCGGGCAAGACGGAGACGGCGAAGCAGCUCAUGCAGUUCGUCGCGAUCAUCUCCGGCGGCGGCGCGACGCUCGAGGCGACGAAGCAGCAGCUGCUGGACAGCAACCCCGUGCUCGAGGCCUUCGGGAACGCCCAGACCGUGCGCAACGACAACUCGAGCCGCUUCGGCAAGUACAUGGAGCUGAGCUUCGACUUCAAGGGCGACGUCGAGGGCGGCACGGUGUCCAACUACCUGCUGGAGAAGUCGCGCAUCGUCGGCCACGGCGCCGGCGAGCGCGGGUUCCACAUCUUCCACAUGCUGACGUUGGGCGCCGACGCCAAGCUCCGCGAGGCCCUGUCGGGCCUCGGCGCGCCGCCGGCCUACGCGUUCCUCAUGAACGAGGACAAGCGCGUCCCCAAGGUCGACGACGCGAAGGAGUUCGAGCUCUGGAAGGCCGCGACGACGAGCGUGCUGGCGGGCAUCGGCUACGACGCCGAGGACGAGCGGGAGGUGUUGAGCCUCGUCGCCUUCGUGCUCGCGCUGGGCGAGCUCGAGUUCGAGGACCACGGCGACGACCGCGCGGCGACGGCCAAGGACCCGUCGAAGCUCGAGCGCGCCGCCACGCUCGCGGGCCUGACCGGGGGCGCCCUCGGCACGGCGCUGACGUCGCGGACGCUGAGCAAGCGCGGCGGCCGGUCGUCCGUGCAGAUGCUCGACGCGGCCGAGGCGCGCCUCACGACGCUCACGCUCGCGAAGGAGACGUACAAGCGCCUCUUCGACUGGGUCGUGAGACAGAUCAACCAGGCCAUCCUGCCGGCGCACGCGGCGACGUCCAUCGGCAUCCUCGACAUCUUCGGCUUCGAGAUCUUCGACGCGAACGGCUUCGAGCAGUUCUGCAUCAACUACGUCAACGAGAAGCUCCAGCAGUACUUCAUCGAGCUCACGCUCAAGGCGGAGCAGGAGGAGUACGCCGCCGAGGGCGUGCCCUGGCAGGACAUCGAGUACUUCGACAACAAGGUCGUCUGCGACCUCAUCGAGGCGAAGAAGCCGACGCUCGGCGUUUUGGCGCUUCUGGACGAGGCCGGCGCGUUCAAGGGCGCGGACACGGCCAAGCUCAUGACCAAGUUCGACCAGCAGCUCAAGGGCAAGUUCGGCGGCCACUUCCACCCGUCGACGAACCUGAACCUGCGGACGACGUUCACGAUCAAGCACUACGCGGGCGACGUCGACUACAAGGCCGACGACUUCCUCGACAAGAACGCGGACAGCAUGUUCAACGACCUCAUCGACACGAUGAACUCGAGCGGCGCGGCCCUGCCCAAGGCGCUCUUCGAGGACGGCCGCACGGCCGAGGAGCGCGCGAAGCGGCCGCCGUCCGUGUCCGUGCAGUUCAAGGGCCAGGUCAACGAGCUCAUGGCCGCGCUCCACGCGUGCAACCCCAACUACAUCCGCUGCAUCAAGCCCAACGACGAGAAGAAGCCCGGCCUAGCGGUGGAGGACCGCAUCGACCACCAGGUGACGUACCUGGGCCUCGUCGAGAACGUCCGCGUGCGCCGCGCGGGCUUCGCGUUCCGCAUGGAGUACGGCGCCUUCGCGGAGCGCUUCAAGAUGACGUCCGCGGCGACGUGGCCCGUCGUCCCCGGCGACGCCCGGGCCGCGUCCGUCGCCAUCGUCUCCGCCGUGGACCCCGCGCCGCGGCUCAAGCACGUCGCGGGCGCCGCGCCGCCGCCGCUCGAGGAGACGACGGGCUACGUGCUCGGCAAGACGAAGAUCUUCAUCAAGGAGCCGCGGGCCAUCUUCGCGCUCGAGGGCCGGCGCAACGCGUGCCUCGCGCGCGUCGUGUCC